AUGUCGAUGAAAUUCCCUGGCAGCGUAAAUGAGCUCCAGCCAGGAGACAGAGAUAGACGAUUAUCAAUUGAAGUGUGGGACUGGGAUCGCACCUCACGGAACGACUUCAUGGGAAGCUUGUCUUUUGGAAUUUCGGAGCUGCUCGCUGAGUCAGCAUCUGGAUGGUUUAAACUUCUCAACGCGGGCCCAAAAUGCAUCUACGACAUGCAACAUCGACAAAUCGCACCAACCGUUCACCCUGAGGAAUUUCAAGCUAGAAUAAAAGCGCGAAACAACAUAGCUAAUGAGCGCCCAAAAUGCAUCUACGACAUGCAACAUCGACAAAUCCGACCAACCGUUCACCCUGAGGAAUUUCAAGAAGGAACGUCAAGCUUCAACAAAGCGAAGUGUAAUGAAUCAAUCAACGUGCUCACUCAAGCAAUCAGUAAUGAAAAACAAGUUCGGUAA